AUGGGCAUUAUUCCACGCCCUGGUUUUUACAGAGGCCUGGAUACUUGCUCCUUGAAAGCGCUGCGCUGGUUGGCGUUUGAAAACUCUAGGCUGCAGCCACCCUCCCACAUUCAGCACGCCGGCAACGGGCGUGAGGUGCGCCUCCUGGGCACCUACAAGGUGGAUGGCUACGCCGAAAUAAAUGGAGAUAAAAUAGUUUUUGAUUUUCUUGGGUGCUGGCAUCACUCGCACCCGCCAGACCAGUGCCUUACCUUCAAAAGUGUCACUCGCGAGGUGCGUGACAAGCGGGCCGAGGCCAGCCGCAAGGAGCGUUACUUACGCACCAUGCGGAUCCAUGACACUCUCAGGCGGUCUGGCUACAAGAUCAAGAUGAUUUGGGAGUGUCAAUUUGACAGUGAGGAAAAAUACAACCCUCACAUGAUAGACUUCUUUAAAGAGAACAAGUGCGAGCCUCCCGCCGUCCUCAACGAGCGGGAUGGUCUGUACGGCGGCCGCACGGGCGCCUUCAAGGCAUAUUACAAGUGCGACCUGGAGGCUGGCGAGCGAAUAAAUUAUUAUGACGUGCAGAGUCUCUAUCCUGCCGUCCUCUGCAUGAAAAAGUAUGUGAUAGGCCACCCUGAGGUCUUUGUUGGGGAGGACCCCGCCGCACCCUCUCUGGACCAGACGGAGGGCUACAUCUCCUGCACUGUGCUCCCCCCGCGGGACCUGCUGCUCCCCCUCCUCCCCUGGCGCUCCCCCAACGGUCGCCUAUUGUUCGUCCUCUGCCGCACAUGCGGCGAGCAAGAGAACCAGGGGCCCUGCAUUCACAACCUGGACGAGGAGAGGUGUCUAAGGGGAGUGUGGCCCGUGCCCGAGGUGCGUAAGGCCCUACAGCUCGGGUACCUGAUCCUCAAGACUGAGGAAGUCUGGCACUACCCGAACACCAUGCAGUACAAUGUACAGACAGGCGAGGAGGGGCUGUUCAGUAAGUUCAUUACGCACUGGAUGCGUAAAAAGAUUGAGGCGAGCGGCUGGCCCUCCCACUGCACCUCGGAUGAGGCCAAGCAGGAGUUUGUUGAUGGCAACAAAAGACUGCUCGGCAUCACCGUAGACCCCGCCGCCGUGAAGAAAAAUGCCUCCUUGCGCCAUCUGUACAAGGGCAUUCUAAACUCUGCCUGGGGCAAGGCGUGCGAGCGUCCUGAGCGCUCCCACAUCGUCAUGGUGGAAACCUACACACAGCUGCUAGAGUUUGUCACGGACGAUACCAUCCAGAUCCAGGCCAUCACACCAAUCAGUGACAGAUUAGUGCAGAUUUCUUAUACCCUAGUAGAAGCCUGCCAAGAAUCACUACCUACCAACUCUGUCAUCCAUGGGGCGUACACCACUAUGUACGGGCGCCUGGAGCUCUACAAGUACAUGGAGCUGCUGCAGGACAGGCUCUGCUACGAAGAUACGGAUUCUGUAGCGUUCGUGUCACGCCCUGGGUGCCCAGACCCACCCCUAGGCCCCUACCUAGGUCAGCUGACAGACGAGCUGGAAGCGUUCGGCCCGGGUAGUUUUUGUUAUGAGUUCUGCUCGGGCGGGGCUAAGCAAUAUGCUAUGAAAAUUGCAUGCGGAGGUGAUGUGAACAACACAAAGGUGAUCAUCAAGCUUAGGGGCGUAACUGUGAACCAGUCGUGCAGUGACAUUGUGACCUUUGAGAGGUUCAAAGACAUGGUGCUGCACGGCAAGGACCCCACACUCAUAAAAAUCCCCUCCCAGAUAGCCAGAGUAAAGGGGUGGAGGCUGGUGACACGGCCUGCCCAAAAGAUCUGGAGACCCUGUCUGACUAAGAGACAGCUGGACGAGGGGCGUAAAGACACGCGCCCCUACGGCUUCCAGCAGGUAGACCUCAAUGAGGAUGACGAGGCAACACUACUAGCCUUGAUGGAUUUGGCGGAGCAAUAA